AGACGGAAAAGAGUGUGAAAAGGACUAUCACGCUUUAAAGGUGGAGUGGAGAGAGAAGCUGAUGGAAACGGCGCUAAGUGCUCGCCUAGCGUCACCGCCUUAGGCGCGGCUUGGCAUCGACGCCUGAGGUAACCGACGUUAGGUAAGGUGCUGCUGCGUCAACAUCCUGUCGCCUGCGCUGUCCAGAGGGAAGCUUCACUUUGGUCCCAUCACGACUUUAUCCUAUCUUCAUACCCCCUCGUCUGUCUCCAUACUCCUUUUCAAUCAAUUUUCAAAGCUUGCGGAGAUAAUUCGACGACCUCAUGGCGGACCGCUAUUCGUUCUCUCUCACCACCUUCUCCCCCAGUGGAAAGCUGGUCCAAAUUGAAUAUGCCUUGAACGCUGUCAACCAGGGCGUAACUGCGCUCGGAAUUAAAGCAACAAAUGGAAUCGUCCUCGCUACUGAAAAGAAAUCAUCCUCACCACUCAUCGAUCCUCCCUCUCUUUCCAAAGUCUCCUUAAUCACUCCUGACAUUGGCAUGGUGUACGCGGGAAUGGGUCCAGACUACCGUGUGCUGGUCGACAAGGCACGCAAAGUUUCCCACACUGGCUACAAGCGUAUCUAUAACGAAUACCCCCCUACCCGUAUAUUAGUGCAAGAUGUUGCGCGUGUCGUGCAAGAGGCCACCCAGUCCGGUGGUGUUCGACCGUACGGUGUCAGUUUGUUGAUCGCCGGUUGGGAUGAGGGUGUCGAACCUGAGUCAGGAGAAGCUCAGAGGGGUGACCGUGAAGACGAGCCUAAAAAGGCAACCGGCAAGACGGGUGGUAUCUUGAAGGGUGGCCCGAGCUUGUAUCAGGUCGACCCAAGUGGCAGUUAUUACCCAUGGAAGGCUACGGCUAUUGGCAAGCAUGCUACGAGUGCGAAGACAUUCCUUGAAAAGCGUUACACUGAAGGUCUCGAACUCGAAGAUGCUAUCCAUAUUGCCCUUUUGACGUUGAAAGAGACCAUCGAGGGUGAGAUGAACGGUGACACAAUAGAGAUUGGUAUCGUUGGCCCUCCUGCCGACCACCUGCUGGGCUUUGAGGGUGUCGAAGGUGCCCAGGGGCCCAGGUUUAGGAAGUUGACGAAAGAGGAAAUCGAGGAUUAUCUCACCAAUCUAUGAACGAUUCAAGUAUGGAGAUAUUGGGCGGUUUGGGCCUUGUAGCAUAAUAGACAUAUGUCGAGACUUGCGAGGUUCCCAUACAUGUUAGCAAAGAUUUUCCACGACGAUUACUUGCUUAACGCACCGGAGGAUAUUGAGCUUUAUGACCCUGGACAACUCAAGUGACAGUGCACGUGGACGUGUCACACUGUCCAAUAAUGCCCAUCAUUAAAAUAGCCAUCGUACUCAAUACUCUGAAUUCAGCUCUAGCACAGCAGGAUUGUAGCCUCACAGAGUCUGUAGAGCUUUGGCUCUAACGGGGUUGCAUAACUUCAGUGUAAGAACUGGCUAUCAAACUUAACCCAAAUGUGGCCAAGGACAUUCCGGGGAGUGGCCCGCUGCCAACCCCACAUUUCCCUAGUUCGGAGGUCUAGGGUAAUUCGUGGGCAAACGACUGAAC